CAGAUGAGAACAUGACAGACUCUGCGAAUGGACCGACACCAGAGGCGGCGGACGGGCUCAAGCGGCCUCAGUUCGGUACCCGGUUUCUCACAGACCCGCGGGAAGUGUUUCAGCACAACGCCUGGGAUAAUGUGCAGUGGUCCGAAGAGCAGGAAAAUGCAGCCCGGAGAAAAGUGCAAGAAAACAGCGAGCCUCUUCCAACAGAGAAACAAGAAGAUUUUGAGAAUAGAGCUAAUGAGUACUGGAACGACUUCUACUCCAUCCACGAGAACCGCUUCUUCAAGGACCGCCACUGGCUCUUCACCGAGUUCCCCGAGCUCGGCCCGCAGUGUUCCCAGAGUUCAGGAGAAGGAACAGAUGAGGAUCUCGUCCAUAUUACAGCAAAGUUGGAACUAAAUGGCGAAGAGACGUUUGCAUCAGUAAAAAAAGAAGCAGCAGAGUUUCCUGGAGCCUCAGCCUCUUACCGCAUUCUUGAGGUAGGCUGUGGAGUUGGCAAUACAGUCUUCCCAAUUCUCAAGACAAACAAUGAUCCAGGCCUGUUUGUCUACUGUUGCGAUUUCUCCAGCACAGCUAUUGACCUCGUCAAGUCUAAUGCAGAGUACAACCCAUCCCGAUGUCACGCCUUCGUUCAAGACCUGAGUGAUGUCACGGCUGCUUAUCCAAUGCCAGAGCAGAGUCUCGAUGUCAUCGUUCUCAUAUUCGUCCUCUCCGCUCUCCACCCUGAAAAGAUGCAAAGCUGUAUUAGUAAGCUGGCCAGUUUGCUCAAACCCGGAGGUGUUCUGUUACUGCGGGACUAUGGUCGCUACGACAUGGCCCAACUUCGCUUCAAAAAGGGAAGAUGUUUAUCUGAAAAUUUCUAUGUCAGAGGUGACGGAACGCGAGUCUAUUUUUUUACUCAAGAAGAACUUCAUGAUCUGUUCUGUGGAGCAGGGUUAGAGAAGGUGCAAAACUUAGUCGACCGGAGGCUUCAGGUAAACAGGGGGAAACAGCUGACCAUGUACAGAGUCUGGGUACAGUGUAAAUACCGCAAAAGCAUGAAGCCUCUGCAACCUGCAGCUACAGACCAAGCAAAAUAGUACGGAAAUCUACAGCAAUAGAUUGGACACUAAGCGGAAGACUGGAUCUCUGAUGAUUGCAAAAUUAGAACCAUUAAAACUGAACAUGACAAACUGUUGUGACUGGAAGACAUCUGGUACCGACAGUAGCAGUAGAAGAAAACUUUAAAUCGUAUCAUCCUAUUACUCCCAACAUGAUCAUGUUUGAUAUGCUUUUAAAUGCUUUUAAAGGUUUAUAUUGUAAAAAAUAAAAUAUGGCAUCUUUUUGGUAAAUAGCAGUUUUUUGUUUUGAUUUUAUUUUAGUCUAAUUUCAGAAUAUAAAGUAUCUAUCAAAGCUACUAGCUCUAGGAAGGGUUCUGGUCGUCCCAAACAUCUUCCAUUUAAGGAUUAUGUGCUUUUAGAAACCUUAAGUGCAGAAGAAAUCUUUUGUAACUCUUUGCCUUGCCACAAUUCUGUUCCUUUGACCUCAUGGUUCUCAUUUGGUCUGACAUGCAUUGUGAGCUGUAAGGUGUUAUAUAGACAGGUGUGUGGCUUUCCUAAUCCAAUCCAAUCAGUAUUAUCAAACACAACUGGACUCAAAUGAUACAUCAAAACCAUCCAGAUAAAUUUUUUUCUCGUCCGAAAAUAAAAAUUUCUUCUAUAUUUUAAUGUCCUAUGUUUGGUGCUCCCUUGCAAUUUCCAAGUUUGUGGUGUGGAAGGAGAUGUGACUUUCGAAGUUGUUUUUUGUUCUUUAAGCCCUUCCACGUAAACGCUAUCUUAUGGUUAUUGGGCUGCAGUCAGCAUCAGUAAGAGCCUUAAUUUGAGUCAAUGAUCGCCCUGUGUCUUCACGGACAGCCCGUCAGAUCCCCCGGCUCAGUGCAGGUGACAUUUUUUUGGGUCUGCCACUUUUAAGAAAUUUAAAAUGACUGUUUUUAAUGAAUGUCUUACUGCGUCUAACGUCGGUAGCAAUGAUGCCCUUGCUUGUGCAGCUCAGCAAUCCUGCCACGUUCAGAAACAGAAAGCCUUUUUGCUUUUGCCAUCAGGAGAUCAUAACAGUGUUACUGUCUGAAGAACAAUGACAUUAAAGCCACAUUUUUUAUAUAUGCCUCAGCCUGUUUGAGUUUAAAGUUUUGUUUU